UGUCUCAGCAGCCACCUAAAUACCUCCGUGAUUUUACUCCUCCGUUCUCUUCCCUAAAAUUUUCCCAGUCUCAACCAAACUCUCUCUGGUGACCCUUCAAAAGAAUCACCGCCAUGGCGAUGCAAACCGGAGUCGGCUUUUCGAAGAUUUUGAUCCUUGCCGGCGCAGGUUACACCGGUACGAUCCUUCUCAAGAACGGUAAGCUAUCGGACAUGUUAGGCGAAUUGCAGGGACUGGAAAAAACUGGGGACCAAUCAGAUGAUUCAGAUGCCCUUCUGGCUCAGGUGCGUCGUCUCUCAACGGAGAUUAGGCAACUGGCCUCAGCACGGCAGAUAACUGUUCUGAAUGGGGAUUCCGGCGUUAAGUUAACCUCUCUGGUAAUCCCUGCUGCUACCUUGGGGGCAUUGGGUUAUGGUUACAUGUGGUGGAAGGGCAUUUCGUUCUCUGAUCUAUUUUGGGUAACAAAACGCAAUAUGGCAUUGGCUGUGGAGAACUUAACAAAACAUCUGGAUUCUGUGUCAGAUGCUCUCUCUGCUGCAAAGAAGCAUUUGACCCAACGUAUCCAGAACCUGGAUGAUAAAAUGGAAACACAAAAGGAAAUCUCAAAAAGCAUUCAAGAAAGUGUAGAAGAGGCUCGUAUGGAUCUUUCCAACAUUGAAUAUGAUUUGGAUGCACUGCAGAGAAUGAUUUCUGGUUUGGAUGGAAAAAUAGGUUCAUUGGAAUAUAAGCAGGAUCUUGCCAAUGCUGGUGUGUGGUACCUUUGUAACAUGGUUGGGGGCAAGAAAGCAAAGAUGCCUGAAGCCCUGCAGGAGCAACUUAAACUUUCUGGGAAACCUCGUUCUUUACUCAUGCAUUCAGGAACUCCAACUACAAAGGGUCUGAAAGACUUUGUAGAUAUUUUUUCUGCAAGUAUGAAAGAUUCAGGUCGAGAUGUUAUCGUGCAAGAUGAUAUUUAUAAUUUGGAGGAUGAGCCAAGAGGCCUGCACAGGAGCAUUUCAGGUAGGUGUUGAUGGCAUGUUGGCAACCAACAAUUUGCAGUUUGGCAGUUAGGAGAAAUUAGCUAUACAUGGUAAUGAAAUGAUAAAUCCAAGUACAGAAGAUUUAGUUAGCCAAGGACAAAGAAUUAACUUCAUAUUGUUUAUCUCUGUUUGUAAACUAUACCCAUUUAACAGUUGAUUCAGUUUAAAUCUUAUUAUGUUAUUUUGAUUCUUCA